GGGGCUCAGGCAGCGCACGGGCGGAGCAGCCGGGCCGGGAUCCUCCUCCCGCCCCCUACGCGCGGCUCGCACGUCAGGAGCCGGAGCAGGAGGCAGCGCCCAGCCCUGCCGCUGCCAGAGGCUCGGCGGCUGCCGGACGGGGCGGACGGCGGCUCCCGGCUCAGCCCAGCUCCCGGCGGGAGCAGCGAGGGGGCGCCAUGGCCGACGUGUUCCCGGGCCCCGAGCCCGGCGCGGACCCGGACGUGGUGCAGCGCUUCGCUCGCAAGGGAGCCUUGAGGCAGAAGAACGUGCACGAGGUGAAGGAGCAUAAAUUCACCGCGCGCUUCUUCAAGCAGCCCACGUUCUGCAGCCACUGCACCGACUUCAUCUGGGGGUUUGGGAAACAAGGAUUUCAGUGCCAAGUUUGCUGUUUUGUGGUUCACAAGAGGUGCCAUGAAUUUGUUACGUUUUCUUGUCCUGGUGCAGACAAAGGGCCUGACACUGAUGAUCCCAGAAGCAAACACAAGUUUAAAAUCCACACAUAUGGAAGCCCAACGUUCUGUGACCAUUGUGGAUCAUUGCUGUAUGGACUUCUACAUCAAGGGAUGAAAUGUGACACUUGCGAUAUGAAUGUUCACAAACAGUGUGUAAUAAACGUCCCAAGUCUGUGUGGAAUGGAUCACACAGAGAAAAGAGGAAGGAUUUAUCUGAAAGUUGAAGUCAGUGGUGACAAACUGCAAGUCACAGUACGAGAAGCAAAAAACUUAAUCCCUAUGGAUCCAAAUGGACUUUCAGAUCCAUAUGUGAAGCUGAAACUUAUCCCUGACCCGAAGAAUGAAAGUAAACAAAAAACAAAAACCAUCCGUUCCACUCUAAACCCACAUUGGAAUGAGUCAUUUACAUUUAAAAUGAAACCUACAGACAAAGAUCGACGGUUAUCUAUAGAAGUUUGGGACUGGGAUCGAACGACUAGAAAUGAUUUCAUGGGAUCUCUUUCAUUUGGGGUGUCAGAGCUUAUGAAAAUACCAGCGUGUGGAUGGUACAAGUUGCUUAACCAAGAAGAAGGUGAAUACUACAAUGUUCCAAUUCCAGAAGCUGAUGAUGAUGGAAAUGUAGAACUCAGACAGAAAUUUGAGAAAGCCAGACUUGGACCAGCUGGUCACAAAGUCAUUACUCCAAUAGAAGACAGGAUUUCCAAUAUACCAUCCAACAACCUGGACCAUGUGAAGCUGACAGAUUUCAACUUUCUCAUGGUGCUUGGGAAGGGGAGCUUUGGAAAGGUGAUGCUGGCAGACAGGAAGGGGACGGAGGAGCUGUAUGCAGUCAAAAUAUUGAAAAAAGAUGUGGUGAUUCAGGAUGAUGAUGUGGAAUGUACCAUGAUUGAAAAACGAGUCCUAGCACUGCAGGAUAAGCCACCUUUCCUAACACAGCUGCAUUCUUGCUUCCAAACAGUUGAUCGUCUGUACUUUGUUAUGGAGUAUGUGAAUGGUGGUGACCUCAUGUAUCACAUUCAGCAAGUAGGAAAAUUUAAGGAGCCACAGGCAGUGUUUUAUGCAGCUGAGAUUUCAAUUGGGCUAUUCUUUCUCCAUAAAAAAGGAAUUGUUUAUAGAGAUCUGAAAUUAGAUAAUGUGAUGCUGGAUUCAGAAGGACACAUAAAGAUUGCAGAUUUUGGGAUGUGCAAAGAACAUAUGGCAGAUGGAGUAACAACGAGGACAUUCUGUGGCACUCCAGACUACAUUGCACCAGAGAUUAUUGCUUAUCAGCCCUAUGGAAAAUCAGUAGAUUGGUGGGCCUACGGUGUGCUGUUAUACGAGAUGCUAGCUGGUCAGCCUCCAUUUGAUGGGGAGGAUGAAGAUGAACUCUUUCAGUCCAUAAUGGAGCACAAUGUUUCCUAUCCUAAAUCGCUGUCCAAAGAAGCUGUUUCUAUCUGCAAAGGGUUAAUGACAAAACACCCUGCAAAAAGGCUUGGCUGUGGGCCUGAGGGGGAGCGAGAUGUCAGGGAGCAUGCAUUCUUCAGGAGAAUCGACUGGGAGAAACUGGAGAACAGAGAGAUUCAGCCGCCAUUCAAGCCUAAAGUGUGUGGCAAAGGUGCUGAAAACUUCGACAAAUUCUUUACUCGAGGACAACCAGUGUUAACACCGCCUGAUCAGCUGGUCAUUUCUAACAUAGACCAAACAGAUUUUGAAGGGUUCUCCUAUAUCAAUCCACAGUUUGUACACCCGAGCUUACUAAGUGUAGUAUGAAGCUGAUAGACAUGAACAAACCACCAGUGGAAAAUGGACCUUUGCCCUAGAAUUUUUAGGCCUUUGCCUUGUUGGUUCCAGUUGGGCCUGGAAAUUGUAGGGUAAAAAGUACAGGAGGAGGGGGAGGGAAAAGGACACUCAUUCAGGAUUUGGCUUUGCAACAAAGAGAAGUUGUCUUAGUAGAAGCUCAUGUAAUAUAUAGUGUCCAUUUAUUCACACUACUGGCUGUAGGGUUAUUCUUAUGAAGUUAGCCAUUUUCGGUAUAUUUUAAUAUAUUUGCAUAAUUUCUAUUGUCCUUUUCCACCUCCCCUCCGGCACUGGAAAAGCGUAUUAGAAAAAAUGAAACAGCAUCAAGUAGGCUGGAAAAAACAAACAACCCACCUUAAAAUGGAAAGUCUUCAGCCCUUAAAUGUGGAUAGCAUGAAAUGUGAGCAGUAGGCCCUGAGGGACUACUCUUCCUUUUGGUCUUCCUGAUGACUCCUGAUGAAACGACAGCACAAGUGAUUGAAAGGGAGGGGUAACUGCGGGAGGGAGGGGCACUGUGUAAGAUUGUUCAAAGCAAAAUGUUUCAAGGCUAUUGCUUUUAGAAAAAUAUGGACACGUACCAGGUUGGGUUUUUUUAAUGAAAUAAUGUUGGACACUUGGGCUUUGAGACUCAAUUGCACAAAGCAGACACAAAUUUAAACAGAUUUUCAGUAGCGGCCAGAUAUUUAGGAUUGAUGGUAACUAGCGCCCAGGACAAAUAUUAGCUCAAGGAUAAAAUUGCAUAUUUAAUAGUAAUAAAAAUAAUAAUACUUGUGUUAACUUUAAUCUCCAUGAGAUUAUUCUGUGAUCCAGGGUGCCAUUGUUAGUUAUAUUAAUUUAAUUUACACCACUACUCAAGUUCAUUGUUAGCCAGUUCUACUAAUACCAAUAUUUUGCUAUAAAACUUUUGUUAACCAGAGUGUGAAACAGAACUGUAACCCCUUACAACCCACUCACACUUAUUCAUUUAGUAGGCUGCAGACUAGGGUAGUAGAGGAGAGCACUGUGUGCCGUAAUUUAAUGACAGUGUGGAGUUCAAAGUCACUUCCUGCUUUCCCCAAGGUAACUUAGAAAAAUACGAGUUUUUUUGGUCUAAAUUCCACUUUAAAUAUUGGUUUAAAACCCAUGGAGCUGUAGAAUAUGGGAGCCUGAAAGAAAAAGCUGUUAAAAAUUGAUUUAUUGGUAGAAGGGAAUUUAAUACAUUUUGCAUAUGCUUCAUGCAAUAAAUUUUGCAUGUUUAGUAAUAACCCUUAAUAAUAAGCAAAUCUCUAUUAUUGACAUAAUCGUAUCAAGUAUAAAGAGAGUAUUAAAAAAAUUAUAAGACAAAAUUGUGCUAUGUUUGUGAAGGUUCUUGUUCUAAAUGAGCAUUAUUAUUUAGAUUUAGCUUAAUGUUUUAUUGCUAAUUUUUUUGCUUAGUUUUGUUUUUUUAUUUUAGUUUAUGGAUAUAGUCAAUGGGAUAGGAUAUACUAUGUUUUUUUAAAUGUAGAUCUAUUUUUAAACAAUAAUGGCUACCUGCAGGUUUUAUACAAGAUUCAAUGAGGCUUUUAUUUCACAUCUAUUACUUGCAAAAAAGAAAAUAGGUUUUCUUUAUUUGCAGUGAUGAACACUGUAAUUAAUGCAGUCUUCUCUUGUAGCAAUCAUCUGGUUAAAAUGAUUGUUAUUUCCUCUUAGACCUUACUAGAAGAUACUGAUUCAAAGAUCAGUAAAUACUUUUGUGCAUAUUUUGGUUGCAUUACGGCAUGUAAAUUGGUAUAGUCAUUACCUUUUCCUUUUCCUUUUGCCUUGUUAAUGUUAGCGAUCUUAGACAUUUUUUGCCUUCUUGAUGUGCAUGUCAAUGCCAGAUGCACGUUGUCUCUAUUGCUGCAUGCAGAGUGAUCUACCGUUUUUUUCCAGCAUGUAAACUUACUUUCAUGCAAAGUAAAAUAUUUCCCAUAAAAUACUUAUAAAUUUAUCAGAAUCUGUAACGAAGGGUGCAGUUUUGUAUUACAGUAGAUCAUCUAAACUCUGCCAAAAUGCUGUGGAAGGGCCCAAUCCUGUAAACUGUUACUCAUAUGACUAUUCCUUACUUCCUUGAGCAGUCUCACAGAUUGCAGUGGAGUUAUGUCUGGGUGAAAUUCAGCCAUGUGCAGAGGGCCAGUAUCAAGCUUAUGUAUCUCUUUUAGUCUCAAAAGUUGUUGAGGGGGUCAGUGGUGCAUAGUCCUCGUGACUUGUGCUGAUCUUCUGCAAAGGAAUGGAUUUCACCCACAAAUAGUCCCAUUGCAAUCGCUGGGACCACUCUCAUAAGAAAAGGUCUAUUCAUGCGAGUAUGGUUUUGAAUGAGCUCUAAGUGAAUGAGUAAUCCUGGGCUACUGGUAAAAUGGAACCUUCUGAGAUCUUAGAGAAGAACACUGCACAUGAGGAGCACUAUAAACAAACCAGAGCUCAAGCUAUUGCCAAACUACAGAAACGUUCAAACAAAAUUUAAAAUUGUUUUAGGAAUAAUCAUUUAAAACAAAAUCUGUGUCAAAAUACUAAAUUUAUCUGCCAAACCUGAGAAUGAAUUGUCUUGUUUGUAUAUCAUAUAUAUCUUUAAAAACAUGGGUAUUCAACAUAAAGGAUGUGGACGCCUGAAGAAUUUCAUGCCCUACUACAUUAUUCUAAUCUACUAGCAUUGAACUCCUGAUACAGGGUAGGGACAGCAAGGCAUCAUGCCACAUUUGAUGGUGGAUUCAGUAGAUUACUUCAAAAACUCAGAUUUAGAAUAAGGGGCUAUUAACGUCACAGCCGCCGAUACUGACAGGAGCUGUCAUUAAAUGUAUUCUAGGGGUACGUCUGCCCUGCAAUAAAAAACCUCCGGCACCCAAUCUCAGAGCCUGGUCAGCUGAAUUGGGCUCAUGGUGUGUGGGGCUACAAAUUGCAGUGCAGAUGUUCAGGAUUGGGCUUGUGCCUGGUCUCUGAUACCAUCCACCCUUGCGAGGCUUCAGAGCCACGGUUGCAGCCCAAGUCCGAAGAUCUAUACUGCAAUUUUUAGCCCCACAGCCCGAGUCCUGCGAGCCUAAGUCAGCUGACUCAGGCCAGUCAUGGCUGAGCCAAUAGUCUUUUAUUGCAGUGUAAGUGUACCCUUGGACUAUGAUGUGGGACAUUAGGUAAUGGAGAGACUUUGAAAAGGAAAAAAUAGAAAAGGAUAGCAGAGCACAGGAGAUCUAGAGAUGAGAGAAGCAGCAGGGGAGACUAAAUGGGACAGAGCCAAGUUGGACAGGAGAUUGGUAGACAAGAUAGGGAACUCGUGUUUUCCUUAGGAGGGAUCAGUGGUGAAGUGGAGCUAUGGAAUGUAUCAGAUUGUAGACCCACAUUUUAAAUGUUAAACAGUACUAUGCCUACUGGGGCAUAACAUGAAAGGGCUGGUCCAACAUCCAAACCUUAAAAUGAUUUGCUUUUGUUCAUUUCCUCAAGAUUUUUCAUUUUUAUUUUCUUAAGCACUUGCACAAGCUCUGCAAUUGGUUAGGUUAAAAACAGGAAGUCAUCUCUGAUCAUGUUACCUCAAAGUUCCUGUGUGUGUGACCUCUCCUGUCUUCUUGUGUAGGUUUUUGUAAUGCUAACAGAAGGGUACUGAGAACUUGCCCAUCCUACAAGGAUAAGGCAACAUUGUGCAGAACUGUCUAAAAGUGGCUGUCUAGACAAGUUAUCCUUAAUUAAUACUUUGCCUUACUCGCAAGGUUUCAUAUGAGCCCUGAUGUUAGGACCAGCCCUUUACACAUAAUUUAAAAGGCACAUCCAGUGAUUUCCUCAUGAUUUGGAAAUGCAUUAUAGAAAGUAAAACCCUGAGUGUACAGCAAAAGUGUUCCUAAUGCCAUUUUAAUACAGCUGUUAUUUAUUUAUCAGAUAUCUAUAUACGGGUGUGGCUAUCCAGAGAACUUUGGUUAACUUGAGUAGUCGUUAACAUUAAAGUGAUCUCAUUUAAGUUAGAACCUUUCCCUUUGAGACAACAAAAACCCCUGAUAUGAGUUUGUAAAACUAGAACUGACAUUUUGUUGCAUUAAAAUUUAGGUGAAAGUUUUAAGCACCUGAUCUUAUAAGAUCCUGAAUGGGCUCUGCUCCCGUUGACUUCUGAAGGAGUUGAGAGUGCCCAGGACCCCCACAAUUAGGUAAUACUGACACUGUGCUGCAGCAAUUGUAGAUGCCUGUUGGAGAUAAAUUGGGCUGAGGGCCGAUAAAUAUAGAGGUGUCCCAAAGAGGUUCUUAAAACCUCAAUUCAUGGGGAAUUUGAACUAUUGAGGAAAAAGCUUUGGUUUCAGGCUGCUAAUCUGAAACUGCUUGUGAUUGACCAGGUUCCAUUUUCCCCCUUAAAAAAAACCACUCCAAUAAACUGCAUAUUUUUAAAACUAGUGUGUUUUUUUUAAAUUACAAGUAACACAUCUCUACAUAAUGUGUUAGAAACACUCUCUGUAGAUGCAAAACUCUGUCCAUUUCCCAGGUUGAGGCAUUAGUGACUCAGCAGUGAAAUAAAUGGGGUCUGUGUUCCUGUCUGUAGGUGAAAUCCACUCCUAUGCAGAGAGCUAGCACAGCCUUGGAACCACAUAAGUCACACGUAAGCCCUUAAGGAAUGAAUUGGUUCCUAAGGCGCCUACUGGUCCUCUGCAUGGGGUCGAUUUCACUCUGUGGGCAAAAUCUUUCAAGUUUUUAUUCACGUCCUAUUGAUUUCAGUGGGAUUACCUGGGUGAGGUAAGGACUGCUACGUGAAUAUGGACUUGAAAGACAGAGCCCAUUUAUCCACAUUCCAUUCCUAUCAAGAAGAAUUGCACAUGCACAAAGAGAGAACGCACUCCAAACGUUAAAAAUGCCAACGUAACCCAGGUUAGAAAUUCAGGGGGGGGGACGGGGACAUUUAGCCUUCAGAUAUUUCAUAGUCUGCAGAAAUAAAAUGUGAUUUUUCUUUUACAACCUAAAUACAAUUACACUGUCAAAACCAUCCAUUAGUGAAUAAAGUAACCUACAGAAUGUGUGUACAUUCUGAUCCUUUAAAAUCCUUCCUGGCCUGCAGGGUCAAUUUCAUUGGAAAACAACUGAGCUCCUGUAAAACAAACAAGGGGAAAAGCCUGUCUCCUUGCAGGAAAGGUGGACUGUUAAAGGUCCAGAGUUGCAAUUGCUGAUAACACUUAUGGGUAUUGGUAUUCUACUGUUGAGAAUAGCCCACUUCCACUUUAAUUCAAUUGUCUCGUUAGCACUGACCCCCCCACACUUGGUAAGGCAACUCCCAUCUUUUCAUGUACUGUAUAUUUAUACCUGCCUACUGUAUUUUCCACUCCAUGUAUUUAAUGAAGUGGGUUUUAGCCCACGAAAGCUUACGCCCAAAUUAAUUUGUUAGUCUCUAAGGUGUCACAAGGACUCCUCGUUGUUUUUAGUUAUGGGUAUGUUUCUCUUCAGAGCAUGCACAUGACUCCAGUUAAACUGAGCUGGAGUUAUAUGCAGUCCUCAAAGGGAGAAGAUACUCCAUACUGAGCAAAGCACAACAUUGGAAACAUCAGUGAUAAAUCUUUGAUAUCAUUAGAAAGAAUAUUUGUAGUAUUUGGUUUGCAAUAGCUGUGCUAACCUGCCAAGGAAUUUCUGGAAAUAUAAUGUGAUUUUGUUUGUUUUAGUCAUUGCCAUAAAUUGUUGUAUAUAGUUUUUGUUUCUUUACAAAUAUCCGUGUCAAAUACAGGAAUUCAUUUAUCUCUGUGCUAUUAAUUAGGAAGACAUUUAGCUACAUAUAAAAGCCAAACCACUCUUUCCUUCAAUUCCCAAACCUUAGAAACUAUUUGAAAUGUUUAAAUGAAGUGUUAUAUAAAAAUUGACACAAUAACCAUGUCUGAUUUCAUAUCAACUAAUAGUGGUGCCAGUGAUGAUUGGUAAUUAAAUAGCCUUAUAAUGGAUGAUAAUCAUGCACUAAAGCCCUCCUGUUCAUAAGAAAAUCGAGAGGGGGGGGUGCUCUGAUGUUCUGAGCACAGUUCUGGGGUCCAUGAACAUGUGUUCUGAUCCCAGGUCUAUCACUGACUCCCUCUGUGGCCUUGGGCAAGUUACUUAACCUCUCUGCCUCAGUUUCCCCAUCUGUAAAAUGGGGAUAAUAAUACUUACGUCCUUCACCAGGUAUUGUGAGGACUACUUAGUUAAUGUUUCUAAUGCACUUUUAACAUGAAAAGUGUUAUGUAAUUGUAAGUAUUAUUAUAAUUUUUUAAUAUUAAAUAAAUCAGUUUAUUCAAUUCACAUGGUGUUGCUGGAUAUACCAUGCUAUUUAUACUUUUAUAUAACUUUAGUAAUUCUACUGAAACCAUUUAAAAGAAAAAACGUAUGUUUCUUAUAGGAUCUGGAGUACAGCUUAGCUCUUGUUAACUGAACUCAUAUCACAAUGUGAAGUGUUGCUUGCCAGCCGUGUAGAAGUCAGUUGCACUACCCGUUUUCCAACUACUGAGACUUUUUUUGUGCAAUUUAAAUUUUUUUUAGCAGAAUUGAUAUAUUGUAGAGCAAAAUUCCAUAUGGCUAAAUACAACUGACAACCCAACUGUUUUCUAGGAACGCUCAGUUAUGGCUCUUAAAAGAGGAGAAGUGAUCUUUGGUUUGCAAUUGUCCCAUCAGUGAGGAUUUUGUUCAGCUGGUAAUUUAACUUGCAUCUGAGAGACGCUGCUUCAUCUAGCUCCAUGCUUAGCUACAGCGUCCUAGAUACUUCAAAUUGCAGGGGAAACAGCCCCAGAAGCUAUAUUUUUCUUCUGUCUAUGAUGACUGACUAAAAAUUCAGUAAUGUUUAUAAAUCAUUUUAAAGCUAGAAAUGCAAAAGCAAUAGCAACAACAUUGAUCAUGUUGCAGGCUGUAGCCUGUUUCCAUUGAAACCAUAGAGCUGGAUCUCACUCGGGUUUAUUACUGGUGUAACUUCACUCACUUAUUUUUAAUAUCCCCUGAAGUCCAGUGAUGCAAGGGCACAAUCCUGCUGCUAGUAAACUCAGGACGUUUUUCUAUUGACUUCAAUGGGAGUCAGAAUAGGUGGUAGGUGAGAUCCAAAUCUGUUGCCCUUUUCUGUCAAUGGGAGCAGAUGGGGCCAUAUAUUAAUUUUUGAUUAGAAGGACCUGUUAUGAAACCUUCGGCUAAUAGCAAGUUAUUUUUUAUCAUUUAUAAAUAGGUGAAAGAAACAGAUUUUAAGAACAAUAAUCUUUGUUUUUUAAUCUUUAUAAGCCACCAUUUUUUAAUAAGAAUAAUUUGAAUUGAUAAAGGAACGAACUGUUGGGGGGUUUUUUUCCUGGUUGAACAAUUGUGCAGAAUCAGCAUUGUUUGCACCCCUUGCAUUAGGGCUCAGUCCUGUACGGUGCUGAUCAAUCUGGCUCUGAUCCAGCCAAGCACUUCAUGUACUCUAAGCACAUGAGCAAUCCCACUGAAGAGCGUAGAAAUACUCACAGCCUUAUAGCUCAGAACGUGCUUCGGUGUUGUCCUGGAUCCAGGGUCAUAGUGUUCCACACCUUGCAGAGCCGAGCCCUUAGGCCCAAUUCAGGAAACCACGUAAGCAUAUGCUUAAGUCCAUCUAUGCUUAACUUCAAGCAGCACAUGCUUAAGUCCCAUUGAAGUCAGUGGGACUUAAACACAUGCUUGAGUGUUUUGCUGAAUUGGGACCUUAGUGAGCAUUCUUGCUGUAGUAAGGCGAAGAUUUAACACUAUAGAUUUAUUUCCCCAGAAAGAGUUUCAAAUUUGUUCCGUUCUUUGAGUUACUAGAACGAUUGUAAGAAAAAUCAUUUUAACAAAAUGAAACGCUUUGUUGCCUCUUCUAAAAGCUUAAAAAUGCAGCUCACAGUACUUGUACUUUUUGCAAGAGAAUGUCUGUCUUUUAUAGAAUACGCCUGAAACAUUUGAAAUCAUUGCAUUUGUUGUGUUUAUUUUUUUAACAAGGAAUAAUACCACCUUGAAAUCAUUAACAGAGAAGGAUAUCAUUUUAAGACCCAAACUUCAUUUUUAUAAAGAGGAGAACAUUAUUUUCUUAUUAUUUAAUUGCAAGAUACUAUAGGAAAAUGUGGAGAGGCGAUUCAUUUUUCAAAAAAUAUUGGAAGAAUAGCUGGCAAGAUUGAUGUAUAAAUUACUGCAUUGUUUUUUCUUAAUUCUUUAACCUUUAGUCUUUGUUUGCAUGAUAUGCUUUUGUUAAAUAUUAAUUGUAGUUUGAAAGCAAGUGUGUCUGAAUAAAGAUACUUGAUCAUU